CCCAUCGUUUACAAUUCACAACUCGCAGAUCUCGAGUCCGCACUCCGCAGCAGAACUCGCCGCAGAAUCCGCCGCACGCAAGCACACUCUCCAGUCACCGUCCGCUUCUCCAGAUCCGCCAAUCUCCCCCUUCUCCACCGCCGCCACGAUCCCAAUGGCUCGCUUCGCCGUGGUCGCCGCCGCCAUCGUGGCCCUCCUCGCCGUGACCGCCGCGGCACAGGCCCCCGCCGCCACCCCGACGCCGGCGCCCAGGAUGGCUCCGCUGCCGCCUCCUCCAGCGCGGUCCCCGGCCACCGCCCCGGCUCCGGCCGCCAAGCCGCCCACCGCCGCGGCGCCGUCCCCGCUGGCAUCUCCCCCGGCCCCGCCCACCGCCGACGGCCCUGCGCCGUCCGUCGCGGUGACCCCGACCUCCUCCGUCUCCUCUUCCCCCACCGGCGCCCCCACCGUCGCGCCCGCCGGCAGCGGCGCCGCCUCCCACGCCUCCGCUCUCGGAUUCGUCGCUGUCGCCGGCGCGAUCGCAGCCGCCGUCGUGUUCUAGACGCGCGGCGUCGUGAUGGGCGGUGCUGUUUAUACUACAGUUAUCGUUUUUCUUUUGUUUUGGUGUGCGUCGGUGAUUCUUUCUUUAGAUACUCCUGAGAGAGCAGAGGUUAUGUGAGGGAUUCUAGUGGGUGUAGCGUCGAGCUGUUACAUAUGAAUUUCAUGAUUCAUGAUCCAGAUGAUUAUUAAUGGAAUUCUUUCAUUUGUUACUACUUCUACUA